CACAGUGACACGUGGCGCAACCAACCACUUUCACUAGCCACGUGGCGUGUGUAUUUCUAAAAAGUAAAAUAUAUGCAAAUUCUAUUGUGAAGACAAUGCGACGCUUUUUCAUUGUCUUACAUUAGCUUGAGAAACAGAGAAAAACUAUACCACCGCUUAAAAUUUGUCUGCUUUAUACCCUUCAAUUCAUGGAUUCACAUGCUGGUUUUUUGAACAAGUUAUGGAGCUUCAUUUCUUUCCUACCAUUCUUCUUCUUGCUCUUCAUACUUGGCAUCAUUAAAGGUGCAUUGAUAGGUCCAGUAGCAUUUGCCAUUGUGGUAAUUGGAAAUUCAGCUGUAAUCAUUGGACUUUGGCCUGCACAUGUUGUUUGGACAUGCUACAGUGUGGCAAGAACAAAGAGGUUGGGACUGGUCUUGAAGGUUGUGGUGCUGUUAUGUUUGCCUGUUCCUCUGUUACUUUGGCCAGUUGUUGGUGUUGUUGGAAGCCUUUUGGGGGGAAUUGGAUAUGGGUUUUUCGCUCCUCUUCUUGCAACUUUUGAGGCUGUGGGAGAGGGUGUUACCAACAAAUUUCACCAUUGCUUCAUUGAUGGUUGUUGGUCAACAAUUGAAACAAGCUGCACAAUGGUUCAGGAUGUCACAGACUUUUGUUAUUACUCCUAUUUCUCAUACACAGAUGAACUAAGAGAAAAUUUACCCCCCAAUGAAAAGCCUAUAGAUAUCAGGUUGUUCUUAUUACCAUGUUGCUUAUUGGUGAUCUUGGUUGGGGUACCAUUCGACAUGGCUAUAAUAAUAUCCAUUGCUAUAUGGAAAAGCCCUUACAUGCUGUUUAGAGGAUGGAAGAGACUAUUAGAAGAUUUGAUUGGAAGAAAAGGACCAUUCCUAGAAACUGAAUGUGUCCCAUUUGCUGGUCUUGCUAUCAUCCUCUGGCCUUUAGCUGUUGUAGGAGCUGUGUUAGCAGCUAGCAUUAUCAGUUUUUUUCUUGGUCUCUACAGUGGAGUUGUUGUUCAUCAGGAAGACUCAAUGCAGAUGGGGUUUGCCUACAUUGUGUCUGUGGUUUCACUUUUUGAUGAAUAUGUGAAUGAUUUGCUCUAUUUGAGAGAGGGGUCCUGCAUUCCCAGGCCAAUCUAUCGUAGAAAGAUGACACAUGCUCUUGAGAGUAAAAGCCUUGGAGGCAGUAAUCAUAAUUUGAAGAUUCGUAGAGACAGUUCACAAAAUUCAAAACAUAUCUUACAACAAACUAGAAGUUUGAAGUGGAAAAUUCAGCAAUACAAACCUGUGCAGGUAUGGGACUGGCUCUUCAAGUCCUGUGAGGUGAAUGGAAGGAUAGUUCUCCGUGACGGUUUGAUAAGUGUCAAGGAAAUUGAGGAAUGCAUUUUAAAAGGCAAUUGCAAGAAAUUAGGCAUCAAGCUGCCAGCUUGGUCCUUGCUCCAGUGUCUUCUAACAUCAGCAAAAUCCAAUUCAGAUGGAUUGGUGAUAUCUGAUGAAGUAGAGUUGACAAGGAUGAAUGGACCAAAGGAUAAAGUGUUUGAGUGGUUUAUUGGACCUUUACUCAUCAUGAAAGAGCAGCUAAAGAAUUUGAAGUUGGAAGAAACUGAAGAAACUUGCCUGAAAGAACUGGUUAUGAGAUGCAAAAAUGACAUACCGGAGGAGUGGGAUAGCACUGGAUUCCCAUCUAAUGACAAUGUCAGGAGAGCACAAUUGCAAGCCAUCAUUAGGAGGUUACAGGGGAUUGUGGCUUCCAUGUCAAGAAUACCAACUUUUCGGCGAAGAUUCAGGAAUCUAGUGAAGGUUUUAUAUAUGGAAGCACUGCAAGCUAGUGCUUCAGCUAGUCAUAUAGGAGCCAAUGCAAUUCCCAAGCAUAGGGAGAAAGGCUCUCUUCAAAGAAAAGAAGACAAUAAUGUUGUUGAACCUUAGCGAUAAUGUUGAGCACUUUGUUUAUGAAGAUGCCACGUUUGAAGAUCAAAGUUUGUUGAAAGUUACUAACUUUGAGCACUUUGUCUCUGCAACUGUUGUUCUGCUUUGUAAACUAAAUACACGGUGUAAUUUAUCUUUUUUAUAUACAUAUAUAUCUAAAUAGGAGAUUACAGCA